CAGAGGAUCAGCUCUUGGAAGAAGAAGGGACCAUAUAAAUGCAAGAAAGAGCAUACACUUAGAAAUAGAUGUUUUUUCUCUGCACGCACCAAAAAGGUUUAAAUCUUGUUGCCCUCUAAUCAAACACAUUGUUUUGGACACAAUGCUGCGAGGUGCUUUAUGAACAGACAGAAGGACUGAAUCAGCAUUAGACUGGAAAACUUGUGUAUGAAUCGAUGGACCCAGCAUUUCCAGCAGAGAUGGAGGGAGAUAUGAAAGACAGGAGGAAGAUCCAUUUCUCUGUGCCCUCUGCAAUGCCCUCCCAACUGGAUCCCAAACAAGCAGAGUUGAUUCGGCGCCGAAGACCGACACCAGCAACCCUGUUCAAACUAACAGAUCAUGCAUCUCCAGACGAUGACAGUAUCAUCCAUCAGUUACCUGUUAGUGAAAAUGGAGCCCUUAAGCCAAAAAGAGUCACCACAGCCAUCUACGAGCCGCCAUCACUGAAGGCAGUUCAAAGAAUGGCUGAAGCUCAUAUGCAGUUUCUGGAUGCUCCACAACCAACAGAGGGCAGCACAAUCUCUGAUUGCUCAGAUACAGAAGACAUACCUGCAACAUCUGCCAAAGAUCUCCGCAAUGACACCAGAUCAGUCCAAUCAAAGUGUCAACUGGAGCGUGAGGUCACCAGCCAGGAUUCUAUGUCCAGCCCGCAGCCAGAUACUCCAAGCAAAGCUGAGGAGGACAGCAGACUAUCAACAGAGAGAGUGAUGAAUGAAGAAAGAAAAAGAGUGAAACAUGAGAAGAAAGGAAAAGGAAAAUAAUAAUUGUGAGUGAAGUGGAAAGGGAGGAAGCUUGUCUAAAUGUCUUACUUAUUGGUGAAUAUCACAAACUUUCAAGAACAUAUUUUAACCUAAAUUAAAAAUAAAUAAAACACCAAAUUAUAUUUUGAAAGAAAACAAAGCCUAUUUUGACAUAUUUGAUCAUUAUGACGUUAUUCAUUUCAUGCACAUUUUCCCAAAUUUUCAUUUAUGCAAUACAUAUCAACAAGGAGAAAUGUUACCUGGACAGUUUUGAGAGCAGUGCAAAAAAUAAAUAUAUACUUGACAUGACAAAGGAGUAUAUUUUUAUUGCUUUCCAGUAAAAAUAUGUAAACAUCCUUAAAAUGUGGAAAUUUUACCUGAGAAGAAAAACAUUUAAGAGAAUGUAACUUAUUUUAGAAGCCUUUAUAUUUGGUCACACAUUAUUGCAUAUAUAUAGUAUAUACAUUCAGCUAAGCUGGGGUCAGAGUGCAGGGUCAGCCAUGAUACAGCACUCCUGGAGCAGGUAGAGCCAAGAGCCUUGCUCAAGGCCCAACAGUGGCAUCUUGCAGUGCUGGGGCUUGAACCCCCGACCUUCUGGUCAGUAACCUAGAGCCUCAACCACUGAGCCACCACUGCCCCUUUUUAGACCAUAAUUUUACUGGAAAACAUUACAUUUUUGCAGUGAGAUUCACCCUAAAAUGCAUUUUUAAGAGAUUAUUUUUAAAUUGUUGUCAAAGAGAAAAGAAUGAGGAGAAAGAGACAAUGCUGGUUUAAUGGAGUUCUAAAAUGAAGGAUUCUGCAGGAGCUAAUUCAUCUAAUCGUGUCAAUCAUUAAGCAAGAGUAUAUAAAGAGCUACUUACCUCACUACCGUGACAUUUUUCCAAAAUCCCUCCACCACCCCAUCUCCUGCCUUAUUUCUAACUUCAUUUAGGGCAUAAUUAGUCUAAAAAAAUCAAGGAGGGGAUUAUAUGCAAAUGUGAAUAUGCAUAUAACAGCAAUCAUACUUACAUGAUUAUUGUACACUCAAUACAGUAUUCUCACUGAUCAAGAUUGUAUUUAUUCUGAAAGUAAGGGUCUCUUUUUAUUUCUUUUUUGUGCUAUUUUAAAUUUUUGUUAUUGACACUGCAUAGUAAUGCUUGAAAUAUUUAGUUUACUUAAUGGAAUGUCUAUUAUUUUUCUCUCAAUUAAAUAAAUAUUCACAGGGGUCAUGAAAUGUUACCAAUUUAUGAUUUUAUUAUAUUCCCUGUGGUCCACUGAAUGUUAUAAAAAAAAUUUGCACCAAAACAGUCACAAUUUAUGAAUAUAUGAUAAUUUUCCCUCCUGUUUUUGGCCCUCUGUCUGAAAUGCUUGGUUUUGGCAUUAGCGCCUCCUUAAAACUUAAAAUAUACAACAUAAAUGCUCACUGUAUUGAUUGGCUAACUUAAUGCAGCCCCUCAAAUUCAGCAAACUCAAUCGGAAGAGAACCCCAACAUAAAAGAGAAUGGCUUCUUUUCAGAGUUUUUUUUUAAGCAACGAGAUACAUGACAGCGGUCAAAGUAUCUGUGUAGUUCAUGUUUAUAUGCAAAAUACAGAUAUGUCAAAUUAAUUUAAAAUAGUCCAGAUGGGUCCCCUUUGGUGUUAUGUUAGGAAUAGUUAGCCACAUACGGCCUGCUCUCUUAACUUGAGCUGCGUGCCAGUGGGCGGGGCCAAAUGUGCAAUGACACAUGUUGUGGGAUGAGUAAAUUCAAAUGAGCAAUGUUUCUUCAUGAACAGACAGAUUUCAAAACGAGACGUUUCAGCAGGGUGGCAACUAUAAAUGCUCUUUUAAGAAUGUGGAGGUAGUUUUGAGUUCUGAAAUGUACAGUAUGUUUUUAUAGUACAGUUACUUCUUAUAUGUCUAAAUAUCAAGAACAAAUUUUACUCCAUUUCAUGACCCCUUUAACUUUGGACAGAAUAGUGAAUGUCAGCAAAGAAUUAAUCAUUAUUAUAUACUUAAACCAUGGUCCCAAAAAGUAUUUGGACACUCAAAAAUGUGCAAGUGAAUGUAUAAAGUCAGUUCCCUCAUUCACACAGGUGUCCUAACAGAGUUACUACAGAUGUAGUGGACAUGUUGGACAACUAUGGACAUGUUCCACUACUGUUUGACAACCACUAAGUAGUACUUUGGUCUUUUUUUUUACAUUUACAUUUUUAAGUGUAAAUGAAGUAAACAAAUACUUUUGGGGCCACUGCAUGUGCCAAAAAUUUAUUUACCUGUUCUCACACUUUGACAAU